UAGUAGAGAUACCAUUUGACUAUACCGUGCAGAGCAAACAAUGCGUUUUAUUUCAAGAACGUCCGUGUUUGUGUUUGCAAGGCGGUUUGCUUCAGAGGUGAAAACUGGUGCAGAAGCGGUUGAGUUACCGUUGACAUCGACCCCGUUCGAAGGAAAAGAGCUGGACAGAAAGGAAUACAGAUCUUCUAAGCACAAGAUCACUCAAUCUCCGUCUGAGUACAGAGAAUCGCAUGCGAUAUUCUUAAAGCAGAACUUAGAGCGGUGGAUAUCAAACCAGCAGACUUUCCCCAAAGGUGACGAGAACGAUUUUGAAAUUUUCAACAAGCUUCACCACAACCCAAUCAGGAAGAACGUGCCCGAAUACCCAGAGUCAAUCUCCGGCCUCAAAUUCCAGGAGUCUACGGAAUCGGAUAGAGAAAAUGUGCUAAGCUAUUUCAAGGAGUUAACCAGAUUCUCUUAUCCUAAGAAGGAGAAGUUUAUUGCCAAGGCGAUCAAACAGGUGUAUAAGAAGUAUCGCUCCUUGAAGACGGUGCAGGACGAAUACCUUUGCUACUCUGUGAAAAAGAACAAUGGUGAGUCUGUCACACGUUUGCUCAAGAACAAGCCAAUCUACUACCAGCGCCCAUCUACGUAUAGCACCUUGUUGGAGAUGACUUCAAUUUUCAAGAAUUCGAAGAAUAGUCUUGCCUCCUUGAGAUCCAUUACUAAACGCCUAGACAACAACAACAUCCCUAUAAGCAACGAGUUAGUGUACAAGCUCUACUACAUGCUACCUAUUGAUGCAAGCAGGUUCAUGGUCAAGCAGUUGGAAGACAAGAUGGACGUGCGGACUCUUUUGAAUGACGUGCCGUACUUAAGAAUCGAGAGUUUUGACGAGAUGAAGCAGAAGUUGCUUCUUGACGAGGUCAAAUUCACUUACGCGAGCUAUAUCCAGUUGUCUAAGCUCAUGACCAGGGAAAACCGGAUUGCCGAAGGAUUGAACUUCAUUCAGCGGCUUGUGUUCAUGCAUAGAUUGGAGUUGCCAUUAUCGCUGUGCAAGUACACUGUCGACCUUGUUCUUGCCCACGACCCACACCUCUGCGUUCCGUUUGCCGUGAGCAUGCAGCGGUUCACGGGGUGCUCCUUGAAGAUGUAUGCGGCGUACAGGGCGACGGUCUUGUUGCUCGCGUCGAAGGUGUUGACGAAGGAGACAAUCACAUUGUUUAAGCUUCUUGUGGCCUCCAGCACCUGGAAGGUGAAGAUCUUCACUAACGAGCUUUUGCAGCAUAUCUCCGAGUCGGACAACAGGGGGGAGCUUCUUGAGUUCUUUGCCUCUAGUAUUGAGGACGCCGACCAUGCGGAGCUCAAGAGAGUCUUCCAGACGUUCUAUGCGUCGAACGACAUCGCCUUCAAGCCAGGGUUUGACGCCUCCUUCUACGAGCCGAUUUACAGGUUGUUCCCCACAUACAAGAAGUUCGACAUCAUGCGCACGGAGGUCUUUAGCGACAACAAGGACCUCCGCCAGCAGUGGGAGGCCACAAUCGUCCCUUACGCCAGUUCGAACAAGCCCUUGUUCUACAAGCUCUGCAGAGAGGUCGGUGCCACUCUUGUCGAACGCGGCGAGUACGAGAAGGUGGUCCCCUUUGUCCAGUACGUGAAAAACGUGCACGACUGCAACAUAGAGUACGACACAUACCUCGGCCUAUUCCUCAAGCUCGUGUCACUUGACGAGCCCAACACUGCGCAGGUCCAAUUGGCAAUCCUACUGGCGCACUACGUCAACCUCCGCCGCACGAUGAUGGUGAAGGCUUUCCUCGACAAGUACCCGACCACGGACGAGGUCUUUGCUGCGCUGGAAAACGACAAGGCGUCUAAAAACCUCGACCAGGCCUGGGCCCUCCUUGUAAAGGAGACUGCAUGGCCCCUCGAUGGCCCACCAGCGCUCUGAGAUUACCCCCACAUAACUUGUAUAAAUCACGCAUGUACAUACAUCGACAAUACUGUAAGCAUGCUUAAACGUCAAGGCACCAC